AUGGAUAUUUCCUACGCGUGUCAAGGAGAUCCGCGUAAAAAAAUUCACUUUGCGAAAAUCCCAACCCUCGUGGCCGUGGAACAGCCGGACCCCGUGCACAGACAGACCGGUACUGUGAUAGUCAGGGUCAGGAUGGAAGUGCCGGACAACUGCCGCAAACCUGUGACAUGUCCAGGGGCAAAACACCCCCAGCCCGUGCACAGGCCAACAGGCUGUGAAGGAUGUUCUAGGACUAGAUCAAAUAGCCAAUACAGUGACUGUGAUAGUGAUAUAGUGGACAGAUGUCAACCUUACAGAGCGAGUUCGGCGAGAAGCAGAUACGUCAACGUCUGCGCAGCUGUUUGCUUGGUGCUGCUUGUUGGCGGUCUGUCACCUCAGUCUACCGCCGCGCCACAUAAACGCACCAUGGACAGACAACGCCGAGAAGCCCAGAAAUACGAGAUCUGGGAUAACCCAUGUGAUUAUGAUUCAAAUUCAAAACCAAGCGAACCAGCACAAUAUUCAGCAAAACUUGCAAAGGAUGUUGCAUCACAAGCGAGAAACGUAUUCGAGUCAACGGCAAAGUACAAAGAUAAAUUCGCAUCUAUGCUUCAUAGUUUCGAUACGUUCGAGGAGUUAUUGAAAAUUUGGAGUGGUAACGACUGGCUACGGAACUUCACAUGGUUCCCCAAAGACGGCCUACCCAAAGAGAAGGUCCUUCAUCAGGAAAUGCCCGAUGAAUAUAUGGAAAAACUGAUGAAAAAAACUGAUGAGUUAUUACCACCAAUGUACAAGGGACUGCAAGUGGUAGUCGCGGGGUUGUACGUUGUAUCUCAGGAGGCAUUAAAUGAUGACAUCAAUUCGGAUGCUAUCAUAAAAUUUAACAUUACCACAACUAUGCAUAAUGUUCGAGCUGUCCUCUGUGUGUUCAAUACAGUAAUGAGGUCGCGCAAUCUGGAGAUCAAGCCGCUACCGAUUUCAGAUAUUCCCGACAUCAAGAACGUUGACAAACUCUCAUUCGCUCUAUUGGUAUACAGAGACACACUCAAUUAUUUGGAAUAUCUCGCCCAAUUUUUCCAAAAAAUGUACGAAAUGAAUCCAAACAAU